CCCAUUUAUGUGAUUACGGUGAUCUUGUGCUUCUAUUAAAUUAUUCCGUUUGCUGCACUAAGUCAUAGGGACUGCUGAUCCGCAAUUGAUUGUAAGGACUGAGCAUGUGACACGCGCUUUCAGGAUGUCAAACACGGUAGCUUUGGGUUAUAUGUAGCUUGUGAAUAAACCCUUGAAGCUGAGGAAGCGCCCAAAAAGUUUACGAAUAGAGGAACAUGAUGCGUGGCACUUACCAGCAUACAAGGCGUCACGGCCAGCAGCAUGGACGCUUCUCGCUGCUGGCGUACUUGCCUCAAGCUCUGGUGGUUGCAGCGAUCCUAGUCGUUGCGGUGUACGGUGGCUGGGCGAUUGAGGCCAUGACUUCAGACCCGCAGCGUGUAAGACCAUCAAGCAUUAGGGAUAUUGUGAAGGGGAACUGGCACUCUCAAGCAUCUCAACCAAACACCCAACCGCUUCCCUCACCUCCACCUUCAUUCCCGGCCCCGUCGUCCUUAUCUCCCUCGCCACCUCCACCGUCACCGCCCCCUCCCACAACCCCGUCACCGCCUCCCACACCUUCACCUCCCGCACCGCCGCCUCCUUCACCGCCUCCUCCCGCGCCCCCGCCUCCUACACUACCUCCACCCUCACCGCCACCCCCAUCACCGCCACCUCCCACCCAGCCAUCAGCCUCUACCAACCAACAACAGCAGCAGCAGCCAUCUAAUGCCAGCAACGCCACCGCCUCCUCCGCAUCCAACCCCACGCCCUCUUCCAACAGCAACACGACAACAUCCGCAGCGACAGCAGCGGGCAGCGGAGGCGCAACAGCUACUGCCGCUGCUGCCGCCCCCUCUCGCGAGCUGCUCCCCACCCUGGUGUCGGGCCGCAUGGGACGCAGCUCGGGCGCGCAGCUGACGCGGCCGGCCCCCGGCGGCACGCUGCUCAGCUGGGGCCUUAAGGAGUGGCGCCUUGGCAGGAACAAGGGCGACAACUCCGUUCCCGAGCCCGCGCUGCGCAACCUGAGCGUCAUCUCGGUGGCCGCCAGCCGCCACUCGGCGUUCGUGACGGCGGAGGGGGUGGUGUGGACCAUGGGGCACAACGACUCCAGGGGUGGCGGCGGUCACGGCAGCCCACCCCUAGACGCCUCCGGCCAACUCGGCCGUACCCAGGGCGACUCCCGACCCGGCCCCGUGGGCGGACCGUUGGCCGGCAAGUUUGUCGUACAGGCGGUUGUUGGUCGUUACCACAGCAUGGCGGUUACCGAGGCGGGGGAGCUGUACUCCUGGGGGCUGAACGACUGGGGGCAGCUGGGGAGGCAGGCGGCGGGGCUGGCGUCGGCGGAGGACCCCACACCCUGCACGGCGGGGGCUAGCUGCCACUCGGGAACCCCCGGCCUUGUUGAGUUCCCCGCUGGCGUGCGCAUCCUGGGUGCCGCCGCGGGUCGCUACGUGAGCAUGGCGGUGGACAGCGAGGGGCGGCUGUACACGUGGGGGCACGACGGCUGCAGCAACGGAGGCAAGCUGCCGGAGCAGAACCAGGCGUACAAGCCGCGACUGGUGGAGGGCGAGAUGAAGGGCAAGCGUGUGGUUGCGUUCGACGCUGGCUACGUGUUCUGGUUGGCAGCCACCCAGGAGGGCGAGGUGUUCACGUGCAGCUCGCAGGAUGACGGCUAUGCGGGCACGUUGGAGAACAAGCACGCGCCCAACGAGGUCGGGGAGCUGGGGCGCGGAGGCGACCCGCUGGUGCCGGGCCGGGUGACGGGCGUGCUGGCGGGGCACAAGGUCGAGGCGGUGGCUGCGGGUCGCGAGCACGCGGUCGUGUCCACCGCAGACGGCGCGGUGUUCACGUGGGGCGGCAGGGACCUGCUGCUGGGUCGGGGAGGCAACACCAAGGAGCCGGGGCAGGCGCAGGGCGAGCUGCUGUCCGACAACAUCCGCUACGUGGUGGCGGGGGAGUACCACAGCGGCGCCGCCUCGCACUCCGCGGUCUACGGCUGGGGCUCCAACGACUACCUGUGCACGGGCGUGGGGAGGCACAACCCGGUGCAGAAGCUGCGGCCGGGCAGGGACCGCGGCAACGUGAUGCGCCCCGCACGCGCCUCCGGGCCCCUCUCCGCGGGCGGCUGGCAGGUGCAGGCCAUGGUGGCGGGAUUCCAGCAUGUGCUAGCAAUCGCAGCCAACCAGGGGGGUCCCUGGGAGAUGAAGCCCAGGUUCCUGGCGACGACGGAGGAGGGAGGGGCUGCGGGCAAUGCCACGACGGCGGCAACGGCGGCAGCGGAGACGGCAGCGGUGAAGCCGUCGGCGGCGACGGUGGCUGCGGCCGCUGCGGAGCAGCAGCAGAAGCAGGAGGAGAAGAAGAAGACGGCGGAGGCAGCAGCACAGCAGCAGACGCAGGCGCAACCACAGCAGCAGGCAGGACAGGGACAGCAAGCGGCAGCACAGCAGGGCUCAGCUGCUCCAGCCACCAACGCUUCUUCCUCCACCACCUCCACCACCACCACCUCCGCGCCCACAACACAAAAGCAGCAGCCGGGUUUCACCGACACCUCAGCCCCCGACUACCACACCAGCUACCUGCCCCCGCAGCUGCACCCGCUGCGCUACAGGAACGCAUCCGCCUACUGCGCCCGCUUCAGGCGCUCAGACCGCUUCGAACUCAUCAAGGCUGAGUCCCCAGACAUCUGGCAGGUGCUGCCCGCGCACUACGACCGCCGCUACAAGAACCCCUGCUGGAUGAAGGACGGCCGGCUGCGCUGCAUCCCCUACUUCCACAUCCUGGGUGUGUCCAAGUGCGGCACCACAGACCUCUACCACCGCCUCUCCAAGCACCCGCAGAUGCUGGAGUCACGGAACAAGGGUCCCCACUGGUGGGACGAGUGCGUGCACCCGCCCAAGGGCGCCUGCACCGCCCCACCCAACGGGGACUUUGACGGCUACGUGGAGCUGUUCGCGGACGCAGCGGAGGCGAUACGCACGAAGGAUUCGGAUGGCAUCACGGGCGAGGCCUCCUCCAACACCUUCACAUCGGCAUCGGGGGUCUUCCUUCGCGGCCCCUCCUGGGACCGCAACACCAGCGUCACCAUGCCGGAGCUCAUGCGCGAGGCCAGCCCCUUCCUGCGCAACAUCGUCAUCUUCCGCAACCCCGUGGACCGCUACUUCUCAGCCUUCUACUACUACAGGUGGUGGGUAAAGGAUGAGCCAGCGCCCGGGCCCGAGGACUUCCACAAGACCGCCGUACAGGAGAUCGCGGCCUGGAAGGCGUGUGUGGAGCAGCACGGCCACAAGCAAUGCGUGCGGCACUACAACCCGCAGCAGCUAGUGAAGGGCAUGUACUCGGAGUUCAUCAUGGACUGGCUGAACCACUGGCCCCGCGACCAGCUGCUCUUCCUGCGCAACGAGGACUACUCGGCUGCCACGCGGGAGCACAUGCAGGCCGUCAUCGCCUUCCUGGACAUGAGGCAACCCAGCCAGCAGGAGUGGGACAAGAUCAUGACCAUGGCCACGCGCAACAAGAACAGCAACAAGUACAAACCCAUGCUGCCGGAGACACGGGCGCUGCUAGAGAGUUUCUAUAAGCCGUACAACGAGCGGUUAGCGCACAUCCUGGGAGACGAACGCUGGCUUUGGCGAGAUCCGCCCAAGGCUAAGAAGCCUGAUCAGGCAACGCAGCAGCAGCUUCAGUCAGCUGCAGGAGGCCAGGCGGCUGCGGACGUCGUUCCCCAAGCCACGAGGUGAUUGCCUUGCCCUCGCAUUGCCGGGUCUGUGCCUGGGCAGCGGACGCCUAUGCAAACUCGCAUCGCGCCCGCUCUUAUUGGCUUGGCUAGAGUCGGCUAGAUUGACAGUGUUGUCCCCACCUCUACCCCUAUGAAGGGUUCCAAGGGUUGAGGUUUUGUGAUACGGGCUGUCUUGCUAGGAGACGCGUGGCCUUGGUUCUUAGGUUUGCAUGGAGUAUGCCCCGGCGGCGUUCGGAAGGCAUAUGUGUCCGACGGAUUGCGUUGUGGUGUUAUCUGGGGCGAGCGGAUGUGUGCAAUCGACUUGUGGUUAGGCAACGCAGAGUUAGACGAGUGUGCUUGAGUGGAGGCUGGAACGCAGGCCUCGGGUUACUCCUGACUGGGUUCACAUGUACGUGACCUCUUAAUAGAUGGCGGGGGCGCGGGUUUGCUUAGAUGAUAGGAACUAAGUUUGCGUAAAAUGGAUGGUCAAGCAUAGCUAUCCCCACGUGCGUAACGUACGGUAUAAGUUGAGUUCUUCAUGUGUAUGAUGAAACUAUGGUGGAUAGUUGGACGAGCCUGGUUUGGACUGAUAUGCACACAAACGAGCAGCGAAAAUGUGUGAGCAAACGUAGCUGCAAAGGUCUAUGCAUGCAGACGUGCUGUAAAGC